GCAUUGGUAAAAGCUGAAAAGAAGAAAACAAAGAUCCACCUCGAACUUCCCUCCGCGCUGUGUCUUUCCUUCGCUCUCAACUGAGCUUAGAAGAGGCUUUGGAUUUCCAGCUCCAAUUUGAGUUUGCAUUUCUUUGAAUAAUUAUGAGGGAAGAAGACUCAAAUUGGUUCUCCAGAUGGGAGGAAGAGCUGCCCUCCCCGGAGGAGCUUAUGCCUCUUUCCCAAUCCCUAAUUACUCCUAAUCUUGCUCUCGCCUUCGAUAUUCGCAACCCAAACCAUGCCCAACAGCAACAGCAACAGCCUCCUCCUCCUCCGCCUUCCUCGGCUCUACAGCCCCCUUCUCAACCCUCCUUGUUCGAAUUUGCCGCCGAUUCCGGGGACCUGGGAUCCGGGGCAGCCGGAGAUGAGCCCGCGCGCACUCUCAAGCGGCCUCGCCUCGUGUGGACCCCACAGCUCCACAAGAGAUUCGUUGACGCCGUGGCUCAUUUGGGGAUCAAGAACGCUGUCCCUAAGACCAUAAUGCAGCUGAUGAGUGUCGAUGGCUUGACAAGAGAAAACGUUGCGAGUCAUUUGCAGAAGUAUCGCCUUUAUUUGAAGAGAAUGCAAGGCUUGUCUGGUGGUAGUGGAGGCGGUGCCAACGGCGGAUCUGGUGGUGCCGGAUUAGGGGCCUCCACUGAUCCAGCGACGGACCAUUUGUUUGCAAGCUCACCGGUUCCACCACACUUUCUUCAUCCUGGUCGGGCUAAUUCAGAGCAUUUCUUACCCUUCGUGCCAGUGCCAGCACUGCAGCAUAACCAGCAACAGCAGCAAAUGUUGGCGGCCGCGGUAGGGCAUCCUCAUCUGCUGUCUCAGUAUCAUCGGCCACAAAUGGGGCUUUACGGGUCAUCCCCAGAUAGCCAUUUCGAGCAUCCUUUCUUAGGCAGGCAGACGCAGCAGCCAAUGCACAGGAUGGGGGGGACGCCAGGGCAUAAUCAAGCUCCCAGUAGUUAUGUGGAAGAUUUGGAAUCAGCCAAUGGGAAUGGUGGAAGGAAGGUUCUUACAUUAUUUCCUUCCGGGGACGAUUGAUUCAAAACUUUGUGUCGGUUCGACAGACUUCUAGGUCUGCAAUUAAGUUGUUGGUUGCAGUCUGUUUUCGCUGUCAACUUCUUGUGAUGGAUUUAAUCCUGAGGUCACUCUAAGCAAACACUAUGACCUUUAGGCCUAUCAUGCUUGCAAUUACAUUGGUCUGCUGGUAUAAAUUAAUCUGGAUUUCUUUGAGGUUAUGGUUACUGGGAAUCAUCUCAAUUAACUAAACCUUUAGAGUCUGCUUGCGUGGGAGUUUCUUUCGGCCAACAAGGUGGUUUUGAGGAUACAUGACUAAAUUUUGAGCUUGAGGUGGGGAAAAAAGACAUGAUGAUCAUCCCUAGUCAGUUUCUUUGUUUAUUACAACUGGUACUGAGGUUCUCAAGUUUCCAUACUUCUCUUCUGUGUUAAUCAUCUGUUUGUCUUAGUUCAGUGUUAUGUAGAGGUAAGUUGUACAAUGUAUGACUCCAUAGAAAACUUUGAACCUGUAAUAUGAAAGGCAACUCAAGGAUCUCUGACUUUUUUCUCUCUUUUCUAUUUUUUCUUUGUAAACUCUUAUCCUAAUGAACAUUAGCUGCAUUUCUGAAAUUUCAUAGCAUCUGUAACUGUUCCUUGUGUUAUUGAAUGACACAAAUCUGUAGUGCGAAGUAGAACACUAAGAAUUUCUGAUCAAUAAAU